AUGGCUGAACAGAACCGCAAUCCCGAGCAGCGGAAUUACAAUGACUUGAACUAUCCCAACCGAAGUGGCUUCGUCAUUCCACUAAGAGCUCCACAGGCAUCAGGUGAACCGUCGAACAGCGAUGAUACCACGUUAGUCCAUUUCGCCAGACGAAACCGACUCGGACCCUUGCCGCCUCGCAUUUGGGUGUGGACGGGAAGUGGUGUGACUUUUAUCGACACGGAAACACUGUGCAAGACGUGCGCGAACUGGCAUAAGGCGAUGACACCAGACAACCCGCAGUUACCGGUAAACUGGUCUUACCAGAAGUGCACACCGUGGGUUAUGAAAUUAUUCCGUAUCUGGACGAUGACGGGAGAUCUACUUCUGGGGGGCGAGAUCCUCCUUGAAGCCGGAAACAACAUCUCGGAAGGCACACUCCCGGAUCCCCCUCGCUUGGUAGGAUGGAUGGAACUCUUCAUCCUAGGCCAGGAAUUAGGGGCCGUCGAUCUGAUGCGCCAAAGCCUUGGACACUUGAUCGACUUCUUCCUUGAUUAUAGUGCGAUCCCCAGCCAUGGUUUCGUCUGGAACGCCUGUGGUCCUAGAUUGGGACUCCACGGCCACGAAACAGCACUGGCCUUGCUCUGUGCAUGUCAAUACAUUCGACAAGCGGCAAUCUGGCCAGGAUUCGAUGACGAUCCUAACCAAGCCUUUGCCAGGACCCUCUUGCACGCACUAGAGGGGGACAGGACCCAUGGAGGCCUGCUUCCACAUAGGGACCUGUCGAAUCUGGUGAUCGAUGGUCGAACAUGGCCCGAGACAUUCCUGUCUAUGCUUGAGGGCCACGUCAUGGGCGACAUCAACGUAUUCGAAGAGUUGGACAGAUUGUGGCUGGAGUUCAAUGAACCGACUGUUCGAGGGCCGACAUUCCUGUCCCCUUUUGAGGCUCUAGAAAGGCGGAUGAGUCGACGGCCGUCGGGAGCACCAAGGAACGGCAGCCAUGAAGAUCGUCGGAGGAGUUCCCAAGAUAUAUUCCGAGAGGAAGUCCGAGGGCGAAGUCCAUUGCAACGUGAAGCACGAGGUGGAGCGCUGAGACAAGUUCAGAGGAUGACCCAAAGACUAGUGCAGGUUCUUGAGCUGGAUCAAGAGCCGAGUCACGAGCAAGCAAAUUAUCGCACAGAGGACAGAGGACGGGUCAGAGCGAACUUCCACGCAGAUGUAAGGAGAAGCCCCAGGACAAGCACAAGAGAAGAGGGCAGAGGGCAGCUCAGAGCAAGCCUCCGCGCAGAUGAAAGAGGGGUCCCCAGGACGAACACAAGAGCAGAAGACAGAAGAUAA